CGGCGGCCAAUAGGAAUCGAAGGUGCUUCCUGUACUGGGCAGUCCUAUCCGAAUUGGAGCGCGGUGUGCACAAGGCGAAGCGGGAAGCGACUCGGCAACUCGGACCUGAGCAGGACAUGGCUGAACAGGAUGUAGAGAAUGAGUUGCUGGACUAUGAGGAGGAUGAAGAGCCUCAGGCAGUGACUGAUGCUGCCCCUGUCCCCAAUAAAAAAGAUGUGAAGGGCUCCUAUGUCUCCAUUCACAGUUCUGGCUUCCGAGACUUCCUGCUGAAGCCAGAGCUCCUUCGUGCCAUUGUGGACUGCGGCUUUGAGCACCCGUCAGAAGUGCAGCAUGAGUGCAUUCCACAGGCAAUCCUGGGCAUGGAUGUCCUAUGCCAAGCCAAAUCAGGCAUGGGCAAGACUGCUGUCUUUGUAUUGGCUACACUGCAGCAGAUUGAGCCACUGGAUGGGCAGGUGUCUGUGCUGGUGAUGUGUCACACCCGGGAGCUGGCCUUCCAGAUCAGCAAAGAAUAUGAGCGCUUCUCAAAGUAUAUGUCCACUGUCAAGGUGUCAGUCUUCUUUGGGGGGCUUUCCAUCAAAAAGGAUGAAGAGGUGCUGAAGAAAAACUGCCCACAUAUUGUGGUGGGGACCCCGGGCCGCAUUUUAGCACUGGUGCGCAACAAGACCCUCAACUUGCGCAAUGUCAAGCAUUUUGUUUUGGAUGAGUGUGACAAGAUGCUGGAGCAGUUGGAUAUGCGUCGUGAUGUGCAGGAGAUAUUUCGACUGACACCCCAUGAGAAGCAAUGCAUGAUGUUUAGUGCCACCUUGAGCAAGGAGAUCCGGCCUGUCUGCAGAAAGUUCAUGCAGGAUCCCAUGGAGGUCUUUGUAGAUGAUGAGACCAAGCUGACUCUGCAUGGCUUGCAGCAAUACUACGUGAAGUUGAAGGACACUGAGAAAAACCGCAAGCUCUUUGACCUUUUGGAUGUGCUGGAGUUCAACCAGGUUGUGAUAUUUGUGAAGUCGGUUCAGCGCUGCAUGGCAUUAGCUCAGCUCUUGGUUGAGCAGAACUUCCCAGCCAUUGCUAUUCACAGAGGCAUGUCUCAGGAGGAGAGACUGUCUAGGUACCAGCAGUUCAAGGACUUCCAACGUCGGAUUCUGGUAGCCACUAAUUUGUUUGGCCGUGGGAUGGACAUAGAGCGUGUCAACAUAGUCUUCAACUAUGACAUGCCUGAGGACUCAGAUACCUACCUGCACAGAGUGGCCCGAGCUGGGCGCUUUGGCACAAAAGGCUUGGCUAUUACUUUUGUGUCAGAUGAAGGUGAUGCCAAAAUCCUCAAUGAAGUGCAGGAUCGUUUUGAGGUCAACGUUGCUGAGCUCCCUGAAGAGAUAGACAUCUCCACAUAUAUUGAACAGAGUCGGUAGCUGUUUGUGGAUCCUUCCCACCUGGUCCAGAAUGGAACCUGAUGGAACACAAUACCUCUAUCUUCUGGUGAAGUGAGAUGAAUGUUAUUUUUUUAAAAAAAAACCACACUGUUAAACGUAUAGAGGUGUUUGAUGUUAAAUGAAUGUCCUACAAAUUGCCCAGGUGGUAUUUUGCCUCUGCUGUAGCCUGGGGGCUUUUUUUUAAUUAGACUUUUAUAUUUUUUGAAUAGUAAACCCCUGUGGCUAAGUUUCGUAAUAAAUGAAUUUUUCAAAUGUCA